UGCUGAUUGAAAUAACAAUAAUCAAAUCGGAGUAUAAAUAACCGUUCUUCCCAUUUCUUUGAAAUUUCUCUCCUUUUCUUUCUACACACGGCUGAGGUCCCUUCUCUGCACCUUUUCAUCUCUCUCGCUCCUUCCCCUGCUUUUGUGCCAGUUUGUUCAUAUUUCGGUUCCUUCGCCCUGAUUUCCUCAGAUCUUGGAAGCCAGCCCAUCAUUGAAACAGUUGUUCUUCUGGGUCUGAACCUUUUCUCUCUUUUGAUUCUCUCGGCUUUUCUGGGUUUGUUUGUUGGAGGAAUUCAGAGGAGAAACAAUGGAUGAUGAGUACGCUAAGCUUAUCAGGAGGAUGAAUCCUCCAAGAGUUGUGAUUGACAAUGAUACUAGUGAAGAUGCAACUAUCAUCCAGGUUGACAGUGUAAACAAGCAUGGGAUACUUCUGGAAGUUGUGCAAGUUCUCACAGACAUGAACCUUGUGAUAACCAAAGCAUACAUCUCAUCUGAUGGAGGAUGGUUUAUGGAUGGUAAACACUUGAAUAUCUCUUUCAUUUCCUAUGUGAAGCUUAGCUGGUUUUCCUGGAAUCCUAAGCUUGGUUUCUCUCUUUGGCAGUGUUCAAUGUCACUGAUCAAGAUGGGAACAAGAUAAUCGACGAGGAAGCUAUCGACUACAUCCAACAAAGACUUGAAAACGAUGCAAUCUUUUAUCCCUCGUUGACCGGUUCAGUUGGAGUGAUGCCAUCGGAUGAGCACACCUCGAUUGAGCUCACUGGAACAGACCGACCAGGCUUGCUCUCUGAAGUAUGUGCAGUUCUAGCAGAUUUGGGCUGCAACGUUGUGAAUGCAGAGAUAUGGACUCAUAACGCUAGGGCAGCUGCAGUAGUUCAUGUCACUGAUGACUCAACCGGGGCUGCAAUCAAAGAUCCCAAACGACUCUCCACUAUUAAAGAUUUAUUAUGCAAUGUGCUGAAAGGGUUCAACGAUUUGAAUAAUGCAAAGACUAGUGUUUCUCCACCAGGUCGAUUGAGCAAAGAGAGGAGAUUGCAUCAGAUUAUGUUUGCCGAUAGGGACUACGAGAGGGUUGAUAGGGCAAGUCAUCUAGAGGAUGAUAGCAACUCGAGGCCUCAUGUUACUGUUCUGAAUAUUGAGAAGGAUUACUCGGUGAUCACGAUGAGAUCAAAGGAUCGGCCUAAGCUUCUGUUCGACAUUGUCUGCACUCUUACUGACAUGGAAUAUGUGGUAUAUCAUGGAAUGGUCUGCGCUCGUGGGAAGGAAGCUUAUCAGGUAGAGUUCUACAUCCGCCACAUCGAUGGGUUCCCCAUAAGUUCAGAAGCUGAGCGCGAGCGAGUCAUACAAUGCCUUGAAGCAGCCAUCGAGAGGCGAGCACACGAGGGGCUAGAGCUCGAGCUAUGCACAGAGGACCGAGCUGGUCUCCUGUCAGACAUCACGAGGAUAUUCAGGGAGAACAGCUUGUGCAUCAAGAGGGCAGAGAUCUCGACUAAAGGAGGGAAAGCCAAAGACAGAUUCUACGUCACUGAUGUAACUGGGAAUCCGGUUGAGCCAAGGAUUGUUGACUCAAUUUGCAGGCAGAUUGGACAGACAAAGCUUCAUGUGAAGCAUAGCUCUUUUCUCCCACCAUCAAGCGGUAGUAGAGAUCCUCCACAGGAAACUACAAUGGGGUAUUUUUUCGGAAACCUGUUCAAGGCACGGACUUUCCAGAACUUCAAGGGCAUCAUCUCAUACUCAUGAGGAAUGAUGGUUGCGUUCACUGUAUAGAAAUGGUGUUUCCUCUCUGCAAAUAGUUUGGCUGGUGAAAUGGGAAUUUGUACAGAAGGUUGUAGAUUUUUGUAUAUAGUUAGAUAGUUACAGUUGGGGGAUGUAGUUGAGCAGUAAAAAUGGAGAUAGAUCACUUGUGAAUAUGAUGAUCACAGCAUAAAGGUUAGCAAGGAUAGCCACAAUGGAUUUGUACAUAUAUGCUUUAGUUUGUAAAGAUUUAUGCUUCCUUCAGAUGAAACUACAAAGAAAGAGUGGAGAUUAUGAAUGUGAAUAUUACUCAGUGAAGUCUUCUGUUUGGCCUUGUGAUUGUAGUUGC